UGGACGGACGCAGAAAGAGAAAGAAGUCGGCUUCGUUAAGGAAAAGAGCUUUUAUUUUGUAGCCUCACACACAGACCGAUGCUGUGGGGAACGAUCGCUGGAUAAUUUGUUUGUUUGUUUUCUUUUUGUGAUGCUUCCUUUUUGCCAAUAAGGACAUAAGAUACCGACGAUCCUUUAAAAAAACCCUCUAACAUUUCAUCUGAGUUUCUCAAAGAGUUGGUUGGAUCCCAUUUUUUCCUCUCACACGUUCCGCUUUGUUACCUCCCGUUGGUCUCUGGCGGACCGGGGGGCCAUGUAACCGACCCUCCUCACCUGGUGAACGGACUCACCUGCCUCCUCCCCCUCUGAGCCGGUCCUUCGAGCGUCGCAGGUUUGUUUCAGGACUCGGCCGGACACCUGCUGAGGUUUCAGCCAUGUUGCGUUGCGUUCUUCAGCGAGCCAACAACCUGAGACACUCAGACCCUCUGGCUGGUGUCGUCUUCAGAGGGUCUAAGAAGAAGACGAAGGUCAUCAAGAACAACCCUAACCCUGUUUGGAACGAGGGUUUUGAGUGGGAUCUGAAGGGGAUUCCUCUGGACUCUGGAGCGGAGCUGCACUGUGUCGUCAAAGACCAUGAGAAGAUGGGCAGAAACAGGUUUCUGGGGGAAUGCCGGCUCUCUCUCAGAGACGUGCUCAACUCUCCCACCCUGGCGGGCUCCUUCACCGUCUCCCUGCUGGACACCAAGAGGAACAACACCGGGGCCACGCUGACCCUGCAGGUUUCCUACAUCCCUCCUCCAGGACUGGCUCCGGUCUUCCAGCCUCCUCACCAGCCUGAAUCUGUGCCUCACAACAACCCCACUGUGGAGCUGGACACCGUCACAAUGAUUUCUCUGGACACUCUGGGCGAGGAGGACACGGAGAGUAUGAUGAUGCUGGAGCCCACGGAGGACCAGGGUCCAGACGACGGGCGCUCCAUGGUCAUCGUCGGCCCUCAGGGGCCCGCGGGCCACGAGUCGCCCACCGCCCAGACGCCCAAACGCUCGCCGCCGUCCUACAACACCCACGGAGGGCUGAGGAAGAGGAGGAGAGGAGCGAGCAGUCAGCACAAACCGCUGCCCAACAAACCUCAGGACCUUCAGGUGCGUGUGCGGGUCAUUGAGGGCCGCCAGCUGCCAGGCAUCAACAUCAAGCCCGUCGUCAAGGUAACGGUAUCCGGGCAGACCAAGAGGACUCGCAUCAGGAAGGGCAACAACCCGGUGUUCGACGAGACGUUCUUCCUGAACUUCUUCGAGACUCCAUCGGACCUGUUCGAUGAACCCAUCUUCAUCACCGUGUGUGACUCUCGCUCACUCAGAACCGACGCUGUGAUCGGUGAAUUUAAGGUGGAUGUGGGCACCGUCUACAAUGAGCACAGACACUGCUUCUUGAGGAAAUGGCUGCUGCUGUGUGACCCCGACGACCUCUCUGCCGGGGUCAAAGGUUACCUGAAGGUCAGCCUGCUGGUUCUGGCGGCCGGAGACGAGCCACCGGCCGACAGACGCGACUGUGCGGAGGACAAAGAAGACAUCGAGGGGAACCUGCUGAGACCGGCCGGUCUGUCUCUGAGAGGAGCCACGUUCAACCUGAGGAUCUUCAGAGCUGAAGACCUGCCACAGAUGGACGACGCCUUCAUGGACGGGAUGAGGCAGAUUCUAGGGUUCGACAGCAACAGGAAGAACCUGGUGGAUCCUCUGGUGGAGAUCCACUUCGCCGGAAAGACUGUCUGCACUAAAAUUCUGGAGAAGAACGCCAAUCCACAGUGGAACCAGAGUCUGAGCAUGCCCAUCAGGUUUCCCUCCAUGUGUGAGAAGAUGAGGAUCAGAAUCCUGGACUGGGACAGAGCCAGUCACAACGACGUCAUCGGCACCACCCACCUCUGUAUGUCCAAGAUCUCGGCCCCCGGUGGAGAGAUAGAUGAUGACUUGACUCCGCGGAGCGUCCACUCUGGCAUCGAUGACACUCUGGGUUUCUUGCCGACGUUCGGCCCGUGUUUCGUCAACCUGUACGGCAGCCCCAGGGAGUUCACCGCCUUCAACGAUCCUCACGAAGUGCUGAACAUUGGAAAAGGGGAGGGCGUGGCAUACCGAGGUCGGGUUUUACUGGAGUUAACUACCAAACUGGUGGACAAGCCGGAGCAGAAAAUUGAAGACAUCCCAUCGGACGACCUGCUGGUGGUGGAGAAGUUUCUCCGGAAGAGGAAGUUCUCCCUCUUCGUGGCGUUUUACUCGGCCACGCUCCUGCAGGACGUCGACGACGCCAUCCAGUUCGAGGUCAGCAUCGGUAACUACGGCAACAAGUUCGACUACACCUGCCUCCCUCUGGCCUCCACCACCCAGUUCAGCCGGGCUGUGUUUGACGGUUGUCACUACUACUACCUCCCGUGGGGGAAUGUGAAGCCGGUGGUGGUUCUGUCGUCAGAGUGGGAGGACAUCAACCCGAGGAUCGAGGCUCUCAACAUGCUGCUGGCUGUCGUAGAGAGACUGGAGGAGAACCUGCAGCGGGUGCAGCUGGAGGUGAAGGCCGGCAGCGAUCUGGAGGAGGUGGAGCUGCGGGUGGUGGAGCUGUUGGACCAGGUCAUCGCAGACUGCAGUGAGGAGCUGCCCUCCCUCGACCACUGGCAGUGUGCGACUCCUCUGGACCGCUCGCUGAGGCACAUCCGUGUUCUCCACCUGCAGCAGAUCGUCUCGGCGGCGCUCGCUCUCAAACACGGGCCGGCGACGGAGCUGUCCACGGUGAUGGAUCAGGCGGAGGACUGGGCCAGCAGGCUCAGGGCGAUGGCUGAGGAGCCUCAGAACAGCCUCCCAGACAUCGUGAUCUGGAUGCUGCAGGGCGACCGCAGGGUGGCGUACCACCGCAUCCCAGCGCACACCGUCAUCUUCUCCCAGCAGCACUGUGGGAAACACUGUGGACAGCUGCAGACCGUCUUCCUCAAAUACCCACAGGGCAGCGGCGGAGAGGCCAAGCUUCCCGGUCAGCUGAGGGUCAAGGUCUGGUUCGGACUGGCCGCCGACGUCAAAUACUUCAACGAAUACGCCGAGGGGAAACUGUCAGUGUUUGCAGAGACGUAUGAGAACCAGACCCGACUCGCCCUGGUGGGCAGUUGGGGAACUACAGGUUUGACUUACCCCAAGUUCAGUGAUGUCACAGGCCGAGUGAAGCUGCCCAAAGAGAGCUUCAAACCCUCACCUGGCUGGACCUGGUCCGGAGACUGGUUCAUCAGCCCCGAGAAGACGCUGCUGUUCGACGUGGACGCCGGUCACAUGACCUUCACAGAGGAAGUGUUUGAAAACCAGAUGCGGUUGCCUGGCGGACAGUGGAUCGGCAUGCCGGAGGGUUACACCGACGUGAACGGGGAGAAGGCGGUGCCGAAGGACGAGGUGGAGUGUCCUCCUGGUUGGGUUUGGGACGAGGUGGAGUGGAGCGAAGAUCUCAACAGGGCCGUGGACGAUCAAGGGUGGGAGUACGGCAUCACCAUCCCUCCGGACCGUCGCCCAAAGUCAUGGGUGACGGCGGAGAAGAUGUACCACACCAACCGACGGAGGCGAUGGAUCCGACUGAGACGCCGAGACAAGCAGAAGAUGGACGCUCUCAGGAAGCAGCGUCCCGACGAGACGGAGAGGGAGGGCUGGGAGUACGCCUCGCUGUUCGGCUGGAGGUUCCACCUGAAGCCGAGGAAGACGGACAGCUUCAGGCGGCGCAGGUGGAGGUGUCGCAUGGAGCCGCUGGAGAAGACGGGGCCGGCGGCCAUCUUUGCCCUGGAGUGUUCCCUGAGCAGCAUAGAGGACAAGAACGACGACAAGUCGGUCACGACCACGUUCGGAGUCAACAGACCGACCAUUUCCUGUUUCUUUGACCGUGGGACUCGCUACCACCUGCGCUGCUACCUGUACCAGGCCCGAGACCUGCUGGCCAUGGACAAAGACAGCUUCUCAGAUCCCUACGCCAUCGUAUCCUUCCUCCAUCAGUCCCAGAAAACGGUGACGGUGCGAAACACUCUCAACCCGACCUGGGACCAGACGCUCAUCUUCUACGAGGUGGAGAUUUUCGGCGACCCCGAGGUGACGGAGGCCACUCCGCCCAACGUGGUGGUGGAGCUUUACGACUCGGAUACAUACGGCGCCGAUGAGUUCAUGGGCCGCUGCGUCUGCCAGCCCUCCAUGGACGCCUCCCCGCGUCUGACCUGGUUCCCGAUUCGCCGAGGGGACCAGAACGGAGGCGAGCUGCUCGCCGCCUUCCACCUCAUGCGCAGAGAAAAGCCGGCGAUUCACCAUAUUCCAGGUCAAGAGGGAGACAUCAUGACGUCCACCAGCGUUCUAGACGAGUUGAUGUUUCCAGGAUUCCUCUCUGAAAACCUGCAGCAAUGGCCGGAGGAGUCGGACCUUCCGCACCCGCCGCCUCAGAGGGAGGCCAACGUCUUCGUGGUUCCUCAGGGAAUCAAACCUGUUCUGCAGAGAACCGCCAUCGAGAUCAUAGCGUGGGGCGUCCGUAACCUGAAAAGCUUCCAGCUGGCGAGCGUUACCUCCCCGAGCCUGCAGGUGGAGUGCGGCGGCAGCGUGAUCCAGAGCUGCGUCAUCCGCAGCGUGAAGAAGAAUCCCAACUUCGACGUCAACAAGCUCAUCCUUGAUGUGAGACUUCCAACAGAGGAGCUCUACAUGCCGCCGAUCGUCAUCAAAGUGAUCGACAAUCGGCAGUUUGGGCGGAAACCGGUGGUCGGUCAGUGCACCAUCCGCUCUCUGGAGGAGUAUCGGUGCAUCCCGGAGGAAGAACGACCGGUGGAGGAGGAGCAGGACGACUGGAGACGAGACACGCAGAGAUUAAGUUGCGGGGAGGUUUUUAUUGACAUCGAUGACGAGCAGCCGCUGAUGCCCGACCAGCUUACAGACGGAACCAGCUCAGCUAUCAUUAACCUUUCCACCUCUUGCUCCAGCCUUCAUAUGUUGCAGUGGGAGGAGGAGUUCAUGGACUGGUGGAGUAAAUUCUACGCCUCCACCGGAGAGAAAAACAAGUACGGGACGUACCUGGAGAGAGGCUUCGACACGCUGAAGGUGUACGACCGGGAGCUGGAGAAGGUUGAAGGUUUCGAGGGUCUCUCGGAUUUCUGCCAGACUUUCAAGCUGUACCGAGGAAAGACUCAGGAUGAGGGAGAAGAUCCGUCAGUGGUCGGAGAGUUCAAGGGUAUGUUUAAGAUCUACCCGCUGCCGGACGACCCCUCCACCCCUCCUCCGCCCAGACAGUUCAGAAAACUUCCUCCCAACGGCAUCGAAGAGUGUUUGGUCCGGGUCUACAUCAUCCAGGCUCAGGGACUGCAGCCCAAGGACACCAAUGGGAAGUGCGACCCCUACGUGAAGAUCACGUUGGGGAAAAGGACCGUGAGCGACCAUGAAAACUACAUCCCCUGUACUCUGGAUCCUGUCUUUGGAAAGAUGUUCGAGCUCACCUCCUCCCUCCCUCUGGACAAGGACCUCCGGGUGAUGGUGUACGACCACGACAUGCUGACCCGAGACGAGAAGAUCGGCGAGACGACCAUCGACCUGGAGAACCGCUUCCUGUCCAAAUACGGCGCCCUGUGUGGCCUGCCGCAGUCCUACUGCACCUCGGGGAUAAACCAGUGGCGAGACCAGCUGACACCGCGACAGCUGCUGCACCGAGUGUGUGAGCGGCGAAACCUGCCAAAGCCCGUCUACCAGGACGACGUGGUCCACUUCAGAGGGGACCAGUACACGGCCGCGGACCUGGAGGACAGAAACGUGUCCAAGCGCCACCUCGGCCCGAUGAAGGAGCGCCUGUCCCUCCACAUCUUGAAGAAACUGGGUCUGGUACCGGAGCACGUGGAGACCCGACCGCUGUACAGUCCUCUGCAGCCCGACAUUGAGCAGGGGCGCCUGAUGAUGUGGGUCGACCUGUUCCCCAAGUCUCUGGGACCACCUGGACCCCCGUUCAACAUCACACCACGCAAGGCCAAGAAGUUCUUCCUGCGCUGCAUCAUCUGGAACACCAGUGAUGUCAUCCUGGAUGACAUCAGCCUCGGCGGGGAGAAGAUGAGCGACAUCUACGUCAAAGGCUGGCUGGACGGACACGAACACAACAAGCAGAAGACGGACGUCCACUACCGCUCGCUGGGCGGAGAGGGAAACUUCAACUUCAGAUUCCUGUUUCCUUUCAACUACCUGCCAGCAGAGCAGCUGUGUGUGGUCGACAGGAAGGAACAUUUCUGGAGCAUGGACAAAGCUGAGACUAAACUGACUCCUCGACUCACCAUCCAGGUCUGGGACAACGACAAGUUCUCCUUCGACGACUACCUCGGUCACCUGGUGAUGGACCUGAACCACAUGCUGCGUCCGGCCAAGUCUCCAGAGAAAUGCACCCUGCAGCUCCUGGACCAGCCGGUGGACAAACUGGUGUCUCUGUUCGAACAGAAGACCGUCAAAGGAUGGUGGCCCUGCACCUGCGAGAAGAACGGAGAGAAGAUCAUCGCUGGGAAGGUGGAGAUGUCUCUGGAGAUCGUGACGGAGCAGGAGCAAGAGGAGAGACCGACGGGCCACGGAAGAGACGAACCCAACAUGAACCCUCACCUGGAGGAGCCUCAGCGUCCAGAGACCUCCUUCCUGUGGUUCUCCUCCCCCUACAAGACCCUCAAGUUCAUCCUGUGGAGGCGCUUCAAGUGGUUCAUCAUCCUCUUCAUCAUCCUCUUCUUCAUCCUGCUCUUCCUCGGCGUCUUCCUCUACUCCUUCCCGAACUACGCUGCCAUGAAGAUGGUGGCACCUUUCGGACCAGCCAAGGCAGCCGAGUGAUGAUGGACGAGAUCAGUAACGAACAAAGAACGGAGAGAGCGAAGCCGACAGGAUGAAGGACAAGUUUCUACGAGAGAAACGAGGCCGAGAUGAUCUGAUUUUUAUUUUAUUUCUUGUUUCUUUUGAACCUUUAAAAGUGGCUGAAGUUUGGUUGAAGUCGUGAACUCAUCUGACUGUGUGUUCCAGAUAAGUUUACACUCUUUUGUACAGACCCGAUAAGCAAUAGUGCCUGAGGUCCAUGAACGCCUCUUACGUGUGUGUGUGUGUGUGUGUGUGUGUGUGUGUGUGUGUGUGUGUCCAUUCAUCAGAGACGUUUCUUCACCGGAUGUGUUUCCAAAAACUCCCGAUCAGAUCUCAGCAGGCGUCUCCCCUCCCGCGUCCUCGUAAUCCCUCCGUCUCGUCCGCCCUCACGCAGAGAAGAAGGAGAAUAAAAAAGCGACACGCUGCCACGUUUUUUUUUUAUUUUUUAUUUUUAAAAAGGCGGCAAACGGAAUCAGAGAUUUCGAACCUCCUGCUGCGUCCGUUUCUACGAUUGAGGCGAAGUCAGGUCAGAGCUGACGGAGCCGCUUCAAGCUGUCGAAGUUUAGAAAGUUAAAGAAAGUCAGACGGGGUUUAUUCUCUUUGAAUCGUCUCUGCGUGCUGCCUUCAAGUGCAAUCAGAAAUCUGGGGUUAUCUUGUGUAUUGCCUUAAACAUCACACAUGCUGCUCCCUCCUUUCUCCCCUGUUUUCUGUCAUCACCACCGUUUUUUUCCUCACCUUCAUCUCCACCCUCCUCCUCCUUCUUUUGUUCCUCUUAAUCUCAUUCUUCCUCCUCCUUACCUUCGCUUCUCCUCCUCCUCCUCCUCCUUGUGUCCUUCUCACUUUUCUCUUUCUGUUCUUUCUCUUCUCUUUCACACUUUUCAAUUACAGCUCCAAAACUUCCCCAAGUCACUAAAAACAUUUCCUUCUCUUCCCACUUUCCCCGUUUCCUUCUGAGCUUCUUUAUUGUCAAAUCCUCCUUCUCCUUCUUCGCCUCCUUCUCUUCCUCUUCCUCUUAUUUCAUCCUCCUCCUCCUCCUCCUCCUGCUGCAGUCUUUCAGCGCUCUCAGGGUUCAGAGGGUUAAGUCGGGGGAUUUGCUCUUGUUGAUCCGGGGUUUGAGCUUUAUUAGCAGAAAGGAUGUUUUAGAUAGAUUGAUGUGUGCAGAUAACACACACACACACACACACACACACACAGAGACACACACACAGACACACACACACACACAGAAACAUAAAGUGAAGUCAUGGACUGGAGGAUGGAGGUUAGUCUGUCUUUUAAUGAGCACAGCCUUCAUUCUCUUUCUGUGUGUGCGUGUGUGUUUGAGCAUACACACCUUUAUAUUAUUGUUACAAACACACACACACACACACACACACACACACACACACACACACACACACACACACACACACACACACUCUCUCACACACACACUCAAACCGAACAGGAAAGGUUAGAGAAGAGGAACUAAUCCACCCAGAUUCUUCAGGAUUUCCUGAAGUACAGUACGUUUGUAGUGUGUGUGUGUGUGUGUGUGUGUGUGUGUGUGUUGAGGUCGUCUGAUCCUUUAACAUCCCCCUCGCUGACUUAGACGUUUAAAAAAAAAAACACAACCCACCGAAGUCCUUAUUUAAAAGAACAGAAGAAGAGAGUCUGACCUCCGCUCUCUUCUUCUGCACCUUCCGUCGUCUCGAGGUGUUUUUCCGUCGUGUUUUCUGUGUUGUGAGUUCACUUUGGUCCUGCACCAGAGUGGAAAAGUUGACUUUGUCCUGCGCGGUCGGUUUCAGGUUCACACCGGGCCGAUUACGAGCCGACCCGGCCCCCGUAAACAAAAGUCACACGGGCUCAGGAGCGGCUCGUUUUAUUGGACAGUUUUGGCAACGUGUCGUCAGGGUCGGAGCGGGUUUAACUCCAGCGCGGCGUAUACAUAUCACAGCAGCGCCGCGUCCUCGGAGACGUAGACUUACAUGAAACCAUCUGAGUUUGAGAAUGUUUCGCUCUGAACUCGAUGUCAGCGUCCAGCUCCUCGUGCUCAUGAAGUGUUUUAUUUUAAAAGGUUUAAAUUUCGUUAACGCUCCUCAGAAACCACCGUGGCAUUUUGGCUUGGAUGGAGUCGUUCUCACCUGUCGGGAUGGUUCUGAGACUCCGAGGCUGACAAGAUAAACGAUUGACUUUUACUCAGUUUGAGGGUUAGGGAACCGUUGUACUUCGAUUUGUCUUUGUCCAGUUGGAUCAAAGGUGCAGGGGAACCCUGUGACCGCUCCUCACUGGUUCUGAUCGAUCAGACUUCUUUGGGUUUUUUAAGCAGGAGGUGUUAGAAAAGUAAUUUCAGCUGCGUCGCCUUUUGAUCCCUCGCCGCCGGCUCCUGCUAUCAUCGACGAGCAAGUGUUGGAUAACUCACCCACUAAUGGGGAACAUGAGCUGUGUUUGGACCGGCUGUGAGACAGUUGGUGUGGCCGUGUCCAAACCGCUCCCAAACCGCAAAUGUGGCUCUUGGACGUGUUAGACAGCAAGACGUUCACCACAUUUAGAUGAGCUGUAUGUGUGUUUCUUAAUGCGUCCAAACUAAAUCAUAUAAACGUGGCGGCUGAAGAGAACUGCUGCGCCUUAAAACAACCAGAGCUGACGCGAGACGUCUUUUCAUGUUAAUUUCAGCGUUAUGAGGUUUAGUGUUCGGGUGGUUUUAAGGGGAAUGGCUUGGUUGGAUUGGAUUUGGAUCAUGCCGGGACUUGACACAGUCGGAUCUUGUAGACGCUGGAUCGCUAAACACACCAGAGCUGGUUUGUUGUGAGGUGCUAAAAUCAAUGUUAAGAUCUUGUAGGAAGCUUUUUGAGCUGAAAGUAUAAAUCUGGACACCGAAGCCGCGAUGGGAACGUGACUGGGCCGUGAUGCGGUCCUACCCCGUGGACGCCGGCUGGUAAAUACACCAAAGCUGGCUAGUUGUGAGAUGCCAAAGUAAGUUAAAGUUCAACUGUUGUUCCUCUAUCUGCUUACACAAAUAAAAAAUGAACUUGAAAUCGUAAGAGAAUGAAAAAUAACAUGUUUUUGUCUAGAACCUGCUGUAAAAGGUGGCAAAGUAAAAGUAAUCUGAUGUUUUGUCACUAUAGGCGAUAAAAAUUUACCGUUGGACUUGAAAUAAAAGCUGAUCAACAGGGAUUCAAACCAACGUCCUUGGUUAUGGUUGCUUCUUUAAUGAUAACAGUGAAGGCAGAAAAACUAUCAAUGAAACAUUUAAAGAAUAAAAGACGUGGCUGUGAUCUUCAGGAAUAAAACAAAAAAAACUUGUAAAUAUGUUUUAAAAAAAAAAAAAAGUGUGGUGAAACAACCAACAGAGAGAAAAUCCCCAGCGCCUGGAGAGACAUUUUAGUUUUCUUGAAAUAGUUUUAUAUAUUUGAAAGAGAGCUUCAAACGUCCUGCUGAUGUGAAGACCUGUAUGUCGACAAUCCUGCUGUCGGUCGCCGUCGCUUUACUUAUAUUUCAUACAGCAAACUCGCCUCUAAAACAGCAGUGUUUCUGUCCGAUUGUUAGCGCUGUCAGUGAAUGUAACGUGCCUUUAGCUUUUUGAGCUUCGCUGCCUUGACGAACACUUAACACCCGCUGCUGCUGCUGCUGCUGCUUAACGUCGACUCGUGCCUCGGCUUUAAAGCCACACAGAGACCGGAAACACUCAAGAUGUCGCUUCCAGUGGCCUUUACGAAGCUUUAAACACUGUUGAAUCACUCAAAGGAAAAUACUCGUCAGUGUCGCGGAUGAGAAGUGAAACUUGUUUGAAAGUUUUAGCUUUUUUUUUUUUUUUUUUCACGCUGUUGUCUUGAGUUGAAGUCUCUGGAAAGAUGCUGCACUACGCUUCGGCUUUAAACAAAUCUGCUGUAACAAACUCCUGAUGCCAUAAAACUGCACUGAACGAUAACGUGUCGGGAAUCCUGGUGAAUGAUUUGUUGUGGUUGAUCCUGACUUGACGAGUUUCUGUGAUAUUUCGAUGUUUUUUUCUGGGAGGCACAGACUGAAUGUAUCCUCGACGUGUCGUGUAUCUGACGUCUGAUCUCCAAAGAGCAAUAGUGUGUGCACUGCGUUAUGUGUCAGUAUUAUCAAUUAAACUGCAUUUCUGAUGA